CUUGUGUCAAGUAUAAAGGGAAUAACAUGGUGUCCCAGUGGCUGUUUAUGUUUACUAAAGAACAGAUUGAGAAGGGUGUCUUGCAAGAAAGAACGGAGUUUUGUUUGUAGUUUUACCGGUUGUUGUUUUUUGCACUUUUUAUGUUAAGAUUUACAAGGCCAGUGGCAUGUAAAUCUCAUACUUCACUAAUGUGCCAGUCUUACAAAUGGAAAGGGGGCUUCACUUUGGAAACGUGAGCAUUUCCCUGGUGCUCCUGCUAUUGCUAAACGCGCUCAUCGGAUUUGGGACUUCUCAAGCUCCGGGCUCCGCAACCGGCAGGGAGCCACAGUUCUCCACCCGGGGUUCAGCUUCGACCUCGGGGGAUGAAGAUGGUGCAAGAGCCAUGGAGCGGAGAAGCUUGGAGAACGUUGGCCCCCCGGUCAUUGUAGCAGACGUUACCGUUGAAGAUGAUGACAACGGGUCGGCUGGGGAGACCGACGAAUCAUUCGGAGACAGUAACGGAAACAUCCAACCGACAAGGUCUCUGGUCAUCAUCAGUACCCUGGACGGGCGGAUCUCUGCUCUGGAUCCUCACAACCAGGGCAGGAAGCAGUGGGACCUAGAUGUCGCCUCAGGGUGCCUUGUAUCAUCCAGCAUCAGCAAGCCUGAGGUGUUUGGCAAUAAGAUGAUCAUCCCUUCACUGGACGGUGCCUUGUUCCAGUGGAACCGGGACAGGGAGAGUAUGGAGUCCGUGCCUUUCAGCGUGGAGUCCCUGCUGGAUUCAUCUUACCGGAUCGGGGAGGAUACCGUCCUGGUAGGGGGCAAAUCUCUCACCACCUAUGGCCUGGGGGCCUACAGUGGCAAGCUCCGGUACAUCUGCUCUGCGGUGGGUUGCAGUCGCUGGGGGGAGGAGGAGAUGCUGAGCGAAGACGUGCUCCUCCUGCAGCGCACUCAAAAGACUGUGCGAGCCAUCAGGCCCCGAUCAGGGAUGGAGAAGUGGAACUUCAGCGUUGGAAACUUUGAGCUGAAGCUCCUCCCUGAGACGUCUGGGAUGAACUUCCUGGAGGGAGAGGUUGCUAGUGGCGACUGGAGGGAGAGUCAGCGAGUCAUCACCGAUGAACCAAAAGAGAGAGAGCAGACGAAGAACCAGCAGAACCAAAAUCUGGACGUCGUCAUCAAAGUGUCUGUUCCUGAUUGGAAGGUCAUGGCCUUCAGCACGGAGCCUGACGGACAGCUGGUCUGGGAACGUCAGUUCUGCACACCCAUCGCUUCUGCUUGGCUGGUGGGCGGGGGUAAAGUCACACCCAUCGCCCUGUUUGACGACAACGCCUACAGCAGCCAGUCGGAAAUGGAUGAGGACCAGGAUGAGGAGGCAAAGAGGGCAAGAGGAGAUGAAGAGUCCAGUGUUUACCUUGGAAUGUACCAGGGACAGCUUUACCUCCAGUCCUCAGUGAGGAUCAGUGAAAAGUUCCCUUCCAAAGCUAUCGGAUCGGACAUCAUUCCACUACCCACGGUCAAGUGGAAGCCUCUCAUCCAUUCCCCAUCACGGACACCAGCCCUGGUCGGCUCUGAUGAAUUCGACAAGUGUCUGAAUAAUGACAAGUUCUCCCAUGAAGAAUACAGCAACGGAGCCCUGUCCAUCCUUCAGUAUCCAUAUGAUAACGGUUACUACUUCCCCUACACCAAGCGUUACCGGGGGAAACGUGACAGUGCCAUAAUCAUUAUAAAUAAAGACGGGGCGGGAGGAGAGAGUCGUAGGAGGAAGGACCCCGUGCUGCUGCUGCCAUGGUGGAAGGAGAUCCUCGGCACCAUCAUCUUAUGCAUCGCCACCACCACUUAUAUCGUCCGAAAAUUCUUCCACCCCCCCGCCCCGGUGGCCUAUGUGAGGCAACGUAAGGAGUCGGAGACGCAGUGCCAGACCGACUGCAAGUUUGACCUUGAUGUUGUGGAAUCCAAAGAGCCGGUUGCUAUGGAGACCCGUUCCAGCGAAUAUGUGUCCAGGUACCUGACUGAUUUUGAGCCGGUGCAGUGCCUUGGCCGCGGGGGGUUCGGCGUUGUGUUUGAAGCCCGCAACCAAGUGGACGACUGCAACUACGCCAUCAAAAGAAUCCGUCUGCCCAACAGGGAGCUGGCCCGUGAGAAGGUGAUGCGAGAGGUGAAGGCCUUGGCCAAGCUGGAGCACCCGGGGAUUAUCCGGUACUUCAACGCCUGGCAGGAGAGCCCACCCGAGGGCUGGCAGGAGGAGAUGGACCAGAGGUGGCUGAAGGAUGCCAGCACCACUGACUGGCCAAUGAGCUUUGUUGACCACAUGGAGGUGCUGUCGGUCAAAGUCCCGGUGUCCAGCUCCGUGUCUCCGGUCCCGGGCCCUGCAGGAGACGCUUUGGAGGUCUCUUCCUCUCAGGCCAUGCUCUCCAGCAGCACCGAUGACGGAGACCUGUCCUUCCACCCGAUGCUGGGACACGACACCCUGACGUCGGAGAGGGACAGCCAGGCCGACCCCGACGCCUCGGACACCCCCAACUCCUUCGAGCUGUGUCCCCCCCGAGGCCCCAGCGACUGCACCUCUUCCUCCUUCGACAUCGUGUUCGAGGACUCGGGAUGCGACCGAGAUGCCGACGCAGAGACGGACUCGGUUUCCGGUGCAGCCAGUCGGAGUACGACGACGGAGAAAAACAGCUCGUCUUCAUCACACACCAGGAACCAGCAGGAAUCUGUCCCCACCACCUCUUCCUCUCCCCCCCGGCCAACAUCACUCACCCUGGCUCUCCCCACAACACCUCCAGCCCCCCGGCCCCAGCCCUCUCCCAAGGUGUACCUGUACAUCCAGAUGCAGCUCUGCAGGAAGGAGAACCUGAAGGACUGGAUGGCUCAGCGCUGCCUCCCGGAGCAGAGGGAGCACAACCAGUGUCUGGACAUCUUCCUCCAGAUCGCUGAGGCUGUCGACUUCCUGCACAGCAAGGGGCUCAUGCACAGAGACCUCAAGCCCUCCAACAUCUUCUUCACUCUGGACGACGUGGUGAAGGUGGGAGACUUCGGCCUGGUGACGGCCAUGGACCAGGAGGAAGACGAGGACGAGCCAAGCGCCCUGACGCCGGCCCCGCUCCUGACCCGGCACACGGGCCAGGUCGGCACCAAGCUGUACAUGAGCCCAGAACAGCUAUCUGGAAACUCGUACUCUCACAAAGUGGACAUUUACUCUCUGGGUCUGAUCCUGUUUGAGCUGCUGUAUCCCUUCAGGACCCAGAUGGAGAGAGUAAGGACGCUGACAGAGGUGCGAGCCCUGCGCUUCCCUGAUGUCUUCUCCAAAAACAACGUGCAGGAGCUGAGUAUGGUGCGCAGUAUGCUGUCCUGGAGCCCCAGCGAGCGUCCCGAGGCAGCAGAGAUCACAGGGACCCCCCUCUUCCAGGAGCUGGAGCUGCCAUGGCGGGUGGUGGUGAGGCAGCGCUCCCGCACCUACAGCGCCUCGUCCAUGGGCCGGCCGUCACGGCAGACAUCGUCUACCUGAAAGCCCCAAAAUAAAAAACCGCAAUAUGUAAACCCUCUGUCCCACGAUCUCCAUGUUCCCCUGCUGGUCUGCAGCCCCUCUGCAAUCACACACUGCCUCAGACUUUAUAGCCGAGUUUGACGAGUAAAUGUGCAGGACUUUAUAUUUUUGUGCCCUGCACAGUAACUCUCCUUGGCACACUCACAUGCAGUUACAUAUUCACACACCAUUAUGCUGCCCACGUUCCCAAUUGUAAUCACACUUGCAAGUGAAAUAUCUUUUUUAAAAGGAGCAGCCGUUCUUUAAUGUUCUCGACCAGACUUGGCUCAAGCGGCACAGGCAAAUAAUUCUGAGUGGUUAUUUUAAAUGGCAUUAAGUACCAGUAUAGACGCAGCUUAUAACCACAGAACAUUAGAGCUAAUUGGUUUUGAGAUGUUUACCUGUUAAGCAAGCGGCAUUUUCCUCACUCUGACUUCACAAACUCAAUCAUCUGGUACUCUGACAUUAUUUUGGAUAUCACUUGUUACCGGUCUGGCCCUGACGUGCCGCUUGCUCCCAACAUUCAGCCAGUGUUCACUCACCCACGCUACACCUCAGGUAUCAAAACCAAGAGGACACUCCAGAGGGGCCUUCGAUGCUUGAUCAUCAUCUGCCAGUGAGCAGCGCUGAUCACUGGUGCGAGCACUAUCUGGUGUUCUGACACCCUAAAUGCCUGAUAUGGGAGACCAAAAAAAGACCGUCUUCUUUUUCCUAUGUGUUUUUUUUAAUCGAAAGAAGGUGAUGUAGAGAAGAGUUUAUGAAUCCGGGUCAUCAGAUAUGGUUUGCCUUUAGAAUGAAUGCUGAACCUCCUGUCUCUUUCCUGCAUGUUCCUGAUCGCACAGUGAAGGCGUGAGUUUGUUAUCUUAAAGCCAGUACUUGGAAGCAGUUUUUUCUGUGUGUAAAUUUACACAAUGACUCUGAGGUGCUCAAUCAUUUUACAACACCUCGUCUUUGUACAUAUGAAGAAAAAUCUGUUUAUAUCCUGUUCUUUCUUAAAACAGACGAUACGUUUGAUUAAUCCUGUACAUAUUGUAAGGCUUGUAAAUGGCUUUUUUCAUGAGGCUACUGUAAGAUAGUGUGAUAUACUGUGAGAGGGGGAGCAAAGAGGAGACGAUCUCUGCCAUUAAUGGAUAGCUGAAUGUUAUAGUGUGACCUCCAGAGACAGAUAAUGAUGAUGACGGUGGUCACCUCUACUCGCUAUUUGAAAUUAUUCUCAGUGUUUGUCUUCAUGUGUGUGGGGUCCCAAGUGGAAGGGGUUCACCCUGCUUUUAGCACCACAGUAGAGCCUGCAGGACCAGAGUGCCAUUUGAAAGACAGUAAAGUGUACUUUUCAGUAACUAAUAACUCACCUCACAUGUUUGGGAUUUGUGCUACUGUGCUCCAACCCCGUCCAGCUGGUGUUCCCGGUGAAGCACGACAAAUACUGAGGUGUGCAGCCUUCCCAUGAUGAGGAAAUCAGCAUUUAGUCACAAACAUGAAACUGUUUAAUCCCCUUUACGUUGUCUCCUGGGGACCUGGACCUGAUGUUGGUCAUGUGAUCCACACUAGCAUUGUUUUAUGUACAUAACAAGUGCUGGGAGAGUCACAUGACCUGUUUGUAACUUCACACACAAACUGCUAAUUGUUAUGUGCUUUCAAUGAUUGUACUUUUCUAUGGAUCUUCUCUUCUUUCGACUUUUUUAUUUUAAUAAGCGCAGUUCUUUUGAUUAUUCUGCAGGGUUUUGAUUACUGUAAAGUCUUGACUGUGUUUGAUACAGGAAGUCAAACUGAGGUUUGUUCAUCCAUCCAUUCAGCCAAUUGAAGAUGAGUCAUUUAUUGUUGUUAUAUCUCUCCUUAAGGUUUAAAUGCAGACUGUUCUCCCACAGUGAUAAGGGUGGAAACUCCAGGGAAACUGGGAGGACAAUUUCCAUAACGGCAUGUCCUCAAGUGAGAGGGGGAAGUGUGAAAACUCCUGCCACAAAUUUAGACGAAAUUUGCUCUUUGAACAACAGAAUGUACUGUUACUUAAGUGUUGAGAAUGUAGCACCUUUCGUUGAGUGUUUGUUAUUUUAAAGAUAUUCAUGCAUCCAUGAUAAAUUAUUUUCUCCCACAAAAAAGGCUAAAAGGAUCUUGGAAAUGUUUUGUUUCCGUGAAUAGAGGAUUCAUAAUUUGAAGUUAUAUAUAUAUAUAUAUAUAUAUGGAUUUCCAACAGCAAAGAAGGAACCUUUCAAAGCUGUUAAUGGCAAAACUUAAUAAAUAACAUUAUUAACACAAGUCAAGAAUUGGAGUUAAUAGAGAUGUCCUUCUUUUCACUCAAACCAAGAAAACGUGAUUAUACUGUAGAUUUUUCAUUUUCAUGCUUUGUUGAAUUGUGUUUAUCCUCCUUCCACUCCUGCCGUCCAGGUAGUUUUCAGGACCGUUUAAUUGAAAGAUAUCCAACCCUUCCUUUGUCUCUCUGAUGCCUCCGUCUGGAUCUGUAGUUUUCUGUGCACAAACCCCAUUCUUUUUUCAUGUUAAAUUGUAAAUAUGUUUAUUUGCGUUAUUUAUGUUCUGACCGUGAUCAAUCCUUUUCGGGUUGGUGUUAUUAUGAAUGCGCUUCAUGCGAUGGAGCGCGUUGGAAUAUGAUGACUUCUUACAAGUCUAAAUUUAAUAAACUGUUCUAUACCAUUUUACA